AUUCUCAGUGGCUGACCACCACCAUCAGUACAGCUCCCGCCAAACGUUUCCUCUUCUGCAGUCAAGCUGUAGAGCGUUCAUUUUCUCCGCUCUACUUCCCUUAUAAAAUAAAAUCCUAGAUUCAGAAAAAACUAGGGUUUUACUUUCCUCUCGUCACUGAAAAUGGCGGAUUCGGAGAAAAUCAUGAGAAGAUCUCCAAGAAAUCACUUGGUCUCUCCUUCUUCUCCAAAUCCGUCGAGUUCUGCAUGUAAGAAUUCUUCUUCUUCAACUUCUAGAAGAUCUCCAAGAUUUUCUUUAACCCCCAAUGGCGAUUCUUCUACGGUGAAUAAACCUUCCAAGAAGAAAUUAAAGCUUUCUCAUGACGUGGAUUUGAAAUCAAAGAAACAAAAAAAGAAUGCAGCUAACUAUUCUUUCUUUAUCGGUGAUCCGAUUCCUCUUGACGAAGCUACAAAAAGAUGGCCCUGGAGAUAUCAUGCAGAUGAGGGUAGAGAGACUAAUGAUAGAAGGUUUACAUCUGAUGAUGAUGAUGAAGACAAAGUGAUGUUGAACGUGAAAUGCCAUUAUACCCAAGCUGAAGUUGAUCAGUGUAUUUUCGAUAUUGGAGAUUGUGCAUAUGUGAAGGGCGAGAAAGGAGGACAAAAUUACAUCGGCAGGAUCUUAGAGUUUUUUAAAACAGAGGAAGAUGAAGAUUAUGUUAGGGUUCAGUGGUUCUACAGAGCUGAAGAUACUGUUAUCAAAGAUCAAGCUUCUUUUCAUGACAAAAAGCGUGUAUUUUGCUCUAAUUUAGUGAAUGACAAUUUACUGGAUUGCCUUGUUUCUAAACUUGAGAUCGCGCAGCUACCUCCUAAUGUAAACUUGAGAUCAUCAAGAUCUGUUGCAUCAUGUGACUAUUUCUAUGAUAUGAACUAUUACUUGGAAUAUGCAACUUUUUGUAAUACGAUGACUGAUAGCAUCACAAAGUCUAAUGACUUUGCCCAAUGUACUGACAUUCAGACAGUCUGUAGCAAUGACCACAGUAAUCUUGGCAAAGUAGAUGUAGCCGUAUUAGACCUUUACUCUGGUUGCGGCGGAAUGUCAACUGGGCUCUGCCUCGGUUCCAAGCUCUCUUCUGUUAAUCUUGUCACGAAAUGGGCUGUUGAUACUGAUGAAGCUGCCUGUGAGAGUUUCAGACUGAAUCAUCCCAAAACAAAGAUUAGGAAUGAAUCGGCAGCUGAUUACCUUGAUUUAUUAAAGGAAUGGGAAAAACUCUGCAAACUUUAUAGGAUUGACUGUGCAGAGAUUUCACCAAGCUCUAAUUCUAGAACUUCAAGAAUCAAGACAAGAUCAUAUGCUGAUAAUGAGAUUUCAUCUGAUGAAUUUGAAGUUUCAGAACUACUAGAUAUCUGUUAUGGUGAUCCUAAUGAAACAGGGAAGCGUGAGCUGACAUUUAAGGUGCGCUGGAAAGGUUACGGUUCGAGCGACGAUACCUGGGAGCCAAGUAAAGGAUUGAGUAACUGCCAAGAUAAGAUACGAGAUUUCGUAAGAGAGGGAUUUAAAAAGAAGAUACUGCCACUUCCUGGAGAUGUUGACGUUGUAUGUGGGGGCCCACCAUGCCAAGGGAUUAGUGGCUAUAAUCGCUUUCGGAAUGUUGACGCGCCUCUUGAUGAUGAAAAAAACCAGCAAAUAAUCAUUUUCAUGGACAUAGUAAAGUUUUUGAAGCCUAAGUAUGUGCUGAUGGAAAAUGUUGCCGACAUAUUGAGGUUUGCCGAUGGCGUGCUUGGACGCUAUGCUUUGAGUCGUUUGGUUCAUAUGAAUUACCAAGCGAGAGUUGGGAUUAUUGCUGCUGGUUGUUAUGGUCUUCCACAAUUUCGGCUGCGUACAUUCUUGUGGGGUGCUCAUCCAUCUGUGAAACUGCCACAGUUUCCACUUCCUACUCAUGAUGUCAUUGUGAGAUACGGUGGUCCAAGGGAGUUUGAGCGUUGUAUAGUCGCAUAUGAUGAAGGCCAACCACGAAGUCUAGAAAAAGCACUUGUUCUUCGGGACGCUCUAUCCGAUCUUCCAGAAGUGACAACUCAUGAAACUCGUGAUGAGAUGCCUUACAAAGAGGAUCCACUAACAGAGUUUCAAAAGUACAUUAGAUCAAGUAAAUCUGAGAUGCUAUGCUCUGGUUUGAAGGAUGAAGUUAAGAUAGAAAGGUCUAUCCUGUAUGAUCAUUGUCCUAAUCCAUUAUCUGAGGAUGAUUUUUUUCGUGUUUGUCAAAUCCCUCGGAAAAAGGGAGCAAAUUUUAGGGACCUCCCUGGUGUAAUCGUAGGAUCUGACAAUGUUGCUAUAUUGGAUCCAAAAAGGGAGCGAAUACUAUUAGCAUCAGGAAAGCCAUUGGUACCGGACUAUGCCCUGACAUUAGGCCAAGGAAAGUCUCGAAGACCUUUUGCACGGUUAUGGUGGGACGAGACAGUGCCGACUGUAAUUACAACGCCAAAUUGCCACUCCCUGGCAGUGUUGCAUCCUCAGCAAAACCGGAUUAUUAGUAUACGGGAGUCUGCAAGGUUGCAAGGCUUUCCUGAUUAUUACAGGUUUCACGGGAAUGUGAAGGAAAAAUAUCGUCAGGUGGGCAAUGCAGUUGCUGUUUCUGUUUCGCGCGCAUUAGGGUACGCAUUAGGAACUGCAUGGCUGAGACUAAGUGGGGAUGAACCACUUAUGAUGCUUCCGCCCAAAUUUUCCCUCUCCAACACUAAUCAGUUGUUUCAUUCAUUAUCAUCACCUUCUGAAAUUGAACAGCAGAAGACUGAAGAGUAGAUGGACAUAAUUCUGUGUAUACUUACUGCUCAUUGUACUGCGUAAUUUUGAAUACUUUCGGUAAGAAUAAACUGUAAGCUCUAGUCAAUAUCGGCCGGUGAAAGUGUAACUCUGAAUUCUUAAUGUGAAUCUAACCUCAAUUUUUGAUGUUUUUAAUAUGAAUCUAACUUCACAUUGUGAUGUGUUCUGAACAUGAGUUGUGAUUCUUUAGCGUAUGGAAUUGAAUCUAAAAACGUGGUUCUAAA